AUGGGCAAAUCUCUGACAGCCCUCAAUAUAUCCAGCUCCACCCAGAUAUCCAGACCUCCCGCCUUUGUAUUAACACACAUCGUCCCAACCCUCUCCCCCAAAAGCCACUCAAUUCAAGAUGGAGACGAAGAAAGGAAAACAGCCUGGGCCCCUUCAAACCCAACCCCUUACCCAGCCUCCGAGCCUGAAUUCCGCUUCCCCGCCUCCAGCCCGAACGUGGACAACCUCAGCUGCAGAGCUCUGUCAGACCUGGUCCCGGGGCCUGGGAUCCCGCUGGUCCAGAAGGUGCCUGGUCGCCCCGGCAACCGAGUCGCGUUGGGUGCUGUGCUUGCGCCUCGUUCUCUCCAGGCCGCAGAGCUGGCGGCCCAGGAGGACUCGCAGAGUCUAGACAAUCUCUCUAACACCUCUCGAUCAACUUCAGAAGUAUAUAAGAUAAACUUCAUCUUUCCAAAUGGAGACAAGUAUGAUGGUGACUGUACAAAAACAUCCUCUGGAAUCUAUGAGAGAAAUGGAAUGGGGAUUCAUACCACUCCUAACGGUAUUGUCUACACAGGAAGCUGGAAAGAUGACAAGAUGAAUGGUUUUGGAAGACUUGAGCAUUUUUCAGGAGCAGUAUAUGAAGGACAAUUUAAGGAUAAUAUGUUUCAUGGAUUGGGGACUUAUACAUUCCCCAGUGGGGCAAAGUAUACUGGAAAUUUCAAUGAAAAUAGGGUGGAAGGUAAAGGGGAAUAUACUGAUAUCCAAGGACUAGAAUGGAGCGGUAACUUUCAUUUCACAGCUGCCCCCGGCCUGAAACUAAAACUCUACAUGUGAACAUUCUGUAGUAAAGUACUGGAAGCCUUUAGUUGUGGGGAAAGCAAAGCAACUAUAUCUGCUAUUUGAAAUUGCUUCACACAGUUCCUCUGUGUUGUAAGCUUUCCAAUAAAACCAUCUCUCACUUA